AACAUAAUAUGAAAAAGUUGCAGGUAGCUUCAAUGCUCCACGCCUCCUCUCCUCCUCCAUCCAUCGAUCUUUCACGGCACUCGUUGUCUAUUUCGCUAUUGCGUACGGAGAUUUCUAUUGAAACUGGUGUCUUUCGAAAGCGACACUUGCUGCUUGGAUCGCUUAUGCCUACUUUUGCCUCUAAAUCCUUUUGUGUUCUUUUGUUCUCGGCGAGACAUUGAUGUUAACUUUGGUUUUUUUUCGAUUUUAGAUUCGGUUAAUUUGAACUCCUCAAGGCAUGGAUUGAUCCAGUUAUGCUUCCACUUUCCGCCACUACCUUCACCACCAUUGCUUUUUUCUACAUCACCUGAAAAAGUUUCCUACAUUUCGCGGUGGACAGAGUUUGCUGAAGGCAUCUUUCUGGUCUUGAUCCGACAGGAUUAUUCAAUCUCCAAGAGUAACAAUCAUCUUUUACCAUGGAAUUCGUAUUCUCAGUGAAUGGAUUUAGGAGCGAUGUGUUAAAGUUAGUCAUCUCUAUAAUGGCGAUUCCCUGUAAAUUUGGGGAAAUCUCUUCCAAAUAUUUAGGGCUUGUGAGAGCCCGACAUAAGCCCAGAACCGUGAUGAACAAGUCCUGCUGAAGUACACUCUUGAAAGUGUAAACUUCUUCUGCAACAUCUCAGGCGGGUGAUUUGGAUUCCCAAGGUGAAUUAUCGAACUGAUUCACUGCUGAGAUUUGGUUUUUCAUCUUCAAUUCAUUUAUACAGGGUGUGGAAACAAUGGCUUCCAAGAGCAAGAUUGAUGCAUCUCAAUCAAUUAAUGACUCCAACUCUCAAAUGCAUUCAGUUUCCAUCAGCCUGCGUUCUUCUCCUUUGAGGCUUCACUUAGAAAGCAGUAAAAGAGUUUUCUCCAGUGAUCAAGAAGGAAUAAAUGUCAAAAAUGGGAUUCCUAAUCCUCCUGCUACAUCCAUUGCUGCUAGCACUGAAUAUCCGAAGCAUGAAAAGUUUUAUUCUCAGCCCAUACCUGCCAGCACUCCAUAUUCUGAGGCAGCUAUCAAGGGUGAAUCCCCCAAUCCUGUUGAGAAUCAACAGAGAAAUCCAAGGAUUGAUAGGCCCAAGGAUAGGCGGUUUGAUUGUUUCAAAACUUGGUCUGGGAAACUCAAGAUGCAGUUAUCACAUUUACGUGGAAAACAGUGUGAACUAGAACCAGCUGUCAAUGUUUCACAGAAUGUUGAGAAUGAAGCUUUACCUGUGGCUCGGUACUUCGAUGCCUUAGAAGGGCCUGAAUUGGAUACCCUUAGAGCUUCAGAGGAGUUAGUUCUCCCGGAAGACAAGAAGUGGCCAUUCCUUCUGCGUUAUCCAAUAUCUUCAUUUGGUAUCUGCCUUGGUGUCAGUAGCCAAGCCAUCCUGUGGAAAACCCUGGCAACCUCCAAAUCCAUGAGCUUUCUCCACAUCAGCCUGACCGUCAACCUUGUCCUGUGGUGUAUCUCUGUUGCUCUUAUGGUCUCUGUUCUCUUCACCUACUUUCUAAAAGUCAUAUUUUACUUUGAAGCAGUCCAUCGUGAGUACUACCAUCCCAUCCGUGUCAACUUCUUCUUUGCCCCAUGUAUAGCCUCUCUGUUCUUAGUUCUUGGUGUCCCACCUUUGGUUGCCAAAAGCCUUCAUGCUGCCUUAUGGUACAUUCUCAUGACUCCAAUUAUCUGUCUUGAACUUAAAAUCUAUGGGCAGUGGAUGUCGGGAGGUCAGCGAAGACUUUCGAGGGUGGCCAAUCCUUCAAAUCAUCUCUCAAUUGUUGGUAACUUUGUGGGUGCAUUGCUGGGUGCUUCAAUGGGUCUGAAAGAAGGGCCUAUCUUCUUCUUUGCUGUUGGAUUGGCUCACUACAUGGUCCUAUUUGUAACCCUCUACCAGAGACUUCCAACAAAUGAGACACUUCCAAAGGAAUACCAUCCAGUAUUCUUUCUUUUUGUUGCGGCACCCAGUGUUGCGUCCAUGGCAUGGGCACAGAUUCAAGGGGUGUUUGAUUAUGGGUCGAGGAUUAUGUACUUCAUUGCUUUGUUCCUAUAUUUCUCACUGGGUGUUCGAAUUAAUUUUUUCCUAGGUUUCAGGUUCUCCCUGUCAUGGUGGGCCUACACUUUCCCAAUGACUGGGGCAUCUAUUGCCACCAUCAGGUACUCUAAUGAAGUCACAAACCCGGUAACACAGAUUCUAUCAGUUCUUCUUUCUGGCAUUUCUACCUUCACAGUAAUGGCUCUGCUCAUCACCACUAUCCUUCAUGCCUUUGUGUUGCGAGACCUCUUUCCGAAUGAUAUUUCCAUAGCCAUUUCGCACAAAAGGUCAAAGACAGGCAAGAAACGGUUUCAUCUGCGAUCCGGAAGUUCAAAUACCAAAGACAUUGAAGCUUCUCUGAAACCAUAAACCUCUGCCGGCUGAGACAUUGGAACUUCUUUGGAAUCUGCAAGCUCAGGUAGUAAGAUUUUGGGUGUUUCUUGUUAGAUUAGUAUUCAAGUAUGAACUGGGUGAUGGCAAUUAGGAACGUAGGUGGUCAUUUGCUUAUUGGUUUAUCCUAACAAAGAUCAAUUUUCUUUGAUCUACACAAACUGGGAGAUAGCUAGUCUGGAAGUCAUUGCCGAAGAUAGUCUUGGGAUUGUCUAUGACAUGAAUUUUCUUUUAACAGUGUAUGAGUAGAGGACAAAAUGUAAACACUGACAAUUCAGGGGUCGUUUAUUGAAAAACAGGGCGAACCCUGUUUGGUUGGA